AUGGAGCAGUUCGCACAGGCAAGUGCCCUUGAUGCGUCCAUCCCUGAGGAUCUCCGUGCUGCUGUUGUCGAACUCCAUGAUCGUAUGAAACACAGCAACAUCCUUGAAUGCUGGUACAAUCAGCUGUGGGAGCACCUGCAGCGUGCGCAGCAGUCCGUCGAUGCUCAUACGAGUGUCUUGCAGAAUCUCAUUGCGGAGAAUCAAGGUUUGCGUAGUGAAAUCGCAGAAGCGCGUGCUCACCUGGCAGACGCCAGGGAGGAAACACGGCAGGCUUCACUAGGACCGGUGCAAUGGCAGGCCCAGAUAGAGGCACACAUUGCAAAGAUACAGGCGGAGCUUGAGGUGAGGUUCCGUGAUCAACACGACAUCAAUCAGAAGCACGAGGCCACAAGUGUGGCAACAUCAGACCGUCUUCAGGGCUUCGAAAGGGCUGUGAAGGAUGUGAUGGAAUCGUGCCACCGGGUGUCGGAUGGAAUUGAUGGUCCUGCGACUUCGGAGUCCCUGUCCAGGGAGCUGGAUGUCACCCAAAUGCUUGCAUAUGAGGUUGCAGAGCGGCAACUUGAAGUGGACGAGCGCCUGGGUCUGUGUGAGAAUAAGGUGACGCAAUUCCAGAUGUAUACGGCCGGUGAGCUGGAAGACGCGUUCGAACAGGAGUGGUGGCCGGAGAUCCCAGCGACUUCAGAUCACCAUCCUUCAGGAGGAGAGCUGAAUCUACCAUCAGCUGUGCCACCCGGGCUUGAACUAGGUCCGAGUGCAACUGUGGCUUCUGAGAGUGGGACUGGCAACGGUCAACAGCAGACAUCAGAAGUUGUGGUGCAGCAAAUUCCUACUGCACCGUGUUCAGGGCAGCCGGCAAAGGCCGCUGAGCAAAUUCAUCAUGGACGUUGGAAGCUGCUUCAGGAUGUGCCUCUCCUGACUUUAGGCGCUGGCGAGCCAUGGGAGCAGGGAAUGCGGUUGAGAACGUGGAUUAAGCAAGUGGAGACUAUAUCGGGCACCAUCGCGGAUUCCUUUGGUAGCUAUGUCCGGCGGCAGUUUCAACUUGCGGAAACGAGGCAUCAACAACAACUUGCAGGGCUGUACGGUCCCAGACCCUUGUCGGCGGUUGCGACUGAGGAUCUUGAGCAUGAAAAUCGCUUCGUGCUGAUGCUGAUUCGGUGCAUUCCCGCUGAGUUGAAGCAGGGUGUUUUGGAGAAGAACUCUGAGAGUGAACCUAUCAGGGCAGCAGAGCUUCUGAGUGGCAUUCUAGAGAACUUGCAGCCUGGUGGGACAGCUGAGAUGGCAUCUAUUAACUCAUUCAUCCGGGCUUUGCAACCUGUGAACAGCGCUACAGAAGCUUUGUCUACAUUGCGAAGGUGGAAAUUGGCUAGGGCAAGGGCAUCUUCACUGUCUAUGCCGUCGGUUGCCGCCUACGAGGAGCUUCAGGCGCUGGGAGCUUUGGUCCGAAAUUUGGAGCGGAAGCAUGAUCGCUUGCGCGCGGUGCUGGGUUUACUCAGAACCAGACCAGAGAUCGUUCGACCAACGACUGCGGGUGUGGAAUCCUUUCUCGAACUUGUCGAGCAGCAGCUGCAACUCUUGUCCGCUGACGAGCAUGUGCGAAGCAAUCGGCAACAUGUGGAUCCACCGGAUCCCCAGGCAUCGAAAGGCAAGGGCAAGGGGAAACCGGGAAAGCAGGGAGAUCCAAGCACAAAGAGAAAGCCAUGCCAGUUUCGGGCAAAGUUCGGCAGGUGUCGAUUUGGGGAUAGGUGUUUUUUCAGUCAUGAUAAGCCGGCUCAAAAUCCAAACACAGCACCGUUGGCACCACCGCCACCGCCGGGGCCACCUAGCGCUGCUGUAGCAGAGAGUGGUACUGAGUGCUUGAUUUGGAAGAAGACUGGCAAGUGUAGAUUCGGAAAGAAGUGUAAGUUCCAUCAUGCGACAGCCGAUGCAGCUGCGCCGAAAGCAAGUCCGAAACCUGCGGCAAAACCUAAGGCAGCACCCGCCGUAACCAAGGACAAGCUAGUAGGAGCAACAGCUAAGGCAUCUGCAGUCAUGUCCAUGUCAGCACACGCUUCGAGAUCCACAGCCAUGAUGAUUAGGAGGGAUGUGGAGUCGGAAGGUAGCGAGUCUGAGGCAUCCGUAGUGUCAGAGGCGAUACCCAUGCACGCAGAGGCUAGAACGCCUGAGUGGUCAGAUGUUGAGGCGGGCGUAUUCCCAUCCGAAGAGUCAGAUGAAUCAUCGAGUGAUGCUGAUUUCGAGCGUGAGCAUGUUGAUGGACCGCUAUGGGUGCUAGAUAUGACUUUGCAGGAGUAUCUGUCUUUGCGAGGGUCCUCUAGUACACAAGUCCGAGCGAGCCGUGAGUUUUCGAGAGAAACGAACCCGUGGGCUAUCACAUGGGCUGUGUGGCUCUCCAUUGUCCAGGAUCAACUUGACGAAGAUGAGAGAGGAGUGAUUCCGAUUGCUGAGGGAGUGGUGAUGCUCAGAUGUGAUGUUGUGUUCGUGAUGCGUGAGGAUCAAGUAGAGCGUCAUGUGUUCGUUGUGCAUGUCCUUGAGGAGGAGACUGGUCGUGAAAGGAUGCUAGCCGUAGUUCGAGCUCUGUCUAGACCGGUAGUUCAGCCUUGCGAACCAGUCGCUCGAGAGUGGGGGGAGCGGGGAAUCCCCGCGGCAAAGGCACCGACAGUGCCACCACCACCAGCGUUGAUAGGAGCUCAGCAAUCAGUGAUACCUAGCGCUAGGGCUAGAGCCUCUUCUACACGUAGGGUGUUCGAUGCGAGUGGCACGCAUGCGACUGUGGCGAGAGCACCAGCGGUUAGGACAACUGUGGCGAGAGCACAAGCGGCUAGGGCACCUGUGGCGAGAGCACCGGCACUUCGAGCACAAGACAGGUCGUUGGCUGCAUGUGCACAGUCCAAUAGCAUCGUUCAGGAGGAGCGACGGGUCUUAGCUGAUACAGGGGCUAAUGAGCUCAUUCGGCCAGCUGGGGAAGGGCAACCUCAAAGAUCGUGCAAGGAGUACUUGACUCUUGCUGAUGGCAACACCACUUUUGCUUAUCGCACUCGGGACGGCGAGCUUGCCAUACCGGGGGAUGAGUCUACUUGGAUAGCUCCGAUAGGGAAGAUUGUUGCCUUGGGUUUUCGGUUCGAGUGGGAUCCUGAGUUCGGAGUUCGCUUGAUUCGUGGUCAGGGCCAGACGCAGAAGUGA